AUGACAGAGCAAAGGUCUGCAGGUAUUCUCCACCCGUGUCACAGUGCUUCUAGUCACUCUCUAAAUAUCCCGCGAGAAGACGGCAGAUCUGUCGAUAUUGAAGCGGGCCAUGAUACAUAUUCCUCAGACUUCGAGGAAACCAGCCACCCGACACCUCCUGACGGAGUUGAUGAAUGGGCUCGCUGCUGCGAGCUUCCAGAGUCUCAGUGCCCACCUCCAAGUGUAUGCCAAUCGGAUGGCUGCGUUGAUAACGAUGGGCUGGGUGACUCUGUCAGGCAGGAGACCAGCAUUGAGCGCCAGAACCUUCGCGAACCCAAGAUACCCCCGUUAGCAUACAUUCGCAACAAGAUCAAGGUUGGAAAAGAUAUUUGCCCCCAGACUGUCGAGUCCCAAGUCGCUGCGUUCCGAGCCUGGACAAAGCCGCACCGAACGAAUGAGUAUAUAAAUCCUGGAGAAUAUCGUGGAUUCUGGAAAUGGAUUGCGCGCUGUCUGACCUUUUACAUCCCUUCUUGGUUUCUCAAGAAGGCCCUGAAGAUGAACGAUCUCCGUCGCCGUCUUGCCUUCCGACAGAAAGUAUUCGUCUGCAUACUCGUUGCGGUCAUCUACAUGGUGCUGUGCUAUUUCCUCAUCAUCCAGCCCGUGGCCAGCUGCGUCGUCAAGGUACACAUCGGUAUGUUUACUGCCCACGGCCAAUUCUGUAAUAUUGUGCGCCAUGUAAUAUACAUAUAUGUCGGUAUGGGUGCUAUGUUUAUGCUGCUGGUGGCGCUCUGCGCUGCCCGCAUUCGCUAUAAAGGCCGUUCUUUCGAAGAGCGUGACGACUUGGUUAUUAUGCAUGUACCCUGCUAUAAUGAGAACGAAUACGUACUCCGAAAAACAAUCGACUCUUGUGUCUCGUCGACGUAUGCGAAAAAGCGGAAGCUUCUUUUUAUUGUGGCGGACGGGACAGUGACAACCCCUGAGCACAAGGCGACUUACAAGAUUUUGUUGGAGGAUAUCUUCGACCACAAAGCAGAGCUAGCAGCCGAAAUUGAGACCAGAUCCAGGCCGUAUCCAUCAUUCAGCGAGGACGGAACGUCGGAAAACUUCGCUGCCUGCUUCACAGGCUUCUUCCGAGAAGUGCCCUACGUGAUUGUCGUCAAGAUUGGACGAGACGAUGAACAGGGGCAGCCAAAGCCUGGUAACAGAGGGAAGCGCGAUUCGCAACUGCUUGUGUACAACUUCCUGCACUUUGCCAACUACCGUGCAGGCUGGAGCCCACUGUUCGAGAACAUGGAGUACCAAAUCCGCGAGAAUCUGGACAUGGAUGCUCGGGAUGCCAUGUACAUGCUCGUCGCCGACUCCGACACAGAAAUUCAACCGACGGGCAUUUCGUAUCUCGUCCACCAGCUCGCCAAAGAUCCAACACUCGUCGGUGUGUGCGGCUACACCGGAGUGAACAACCCGGUAGACAGCUUUGUCGCCUGCAGCCAAGUGUUCGAGUACUGGCUGACGCACGCUGUGCUGAAGGCAUUAGAGAGUGUCUGCUCGAAUGUCCUCGUGCUUAGCGGUUGCUUCACUAUCUACCGACUGAAAUGGCCAAACAACCAGCCCGCUAUCUUGCUCGCGACGCUGCUCAAGGAUUAUGCGGGAAGCCAUGAGAAGACCCUACACGAGCACAACCUGCUAUCGAUUGGCGAAGAUCGCUAUUUAUCAACGCUGGCAAUCCGGUACUUUGGCUCUGACUGUCGACUGCGAUAUUUUGCUGCCGCCCAAUGUACCACGACUGUGCCUCACACCGUCUCUAUGCUCAUUGAUCAGCGCCGGCGAUGGACGAACUCCCUGAUCCACUGCCAUUUUUCUCACCUUAACGUUCUCCCUUUCGAAGCAUCAGUCUGGAUUCAAUGUAUGUUGAUCUUUGUCAUCGGCUGCGAACUCUUCAUGGUGUUUGUCCUGCCUCUGGCACUGCCCGCGGGCGUCGUGCUCGCCGUAAUCGCACUAUUGCUAACUCCGUAUACAUGGGCCAUACUGCUUGGGUUUUGCCUCGUACCCGUGGUGCUAUGUAUUUGCUGCAAUGACUGGCGAUAUAUUCCGUUUUACAUCCCGUUCUUCCCCAUGAUCGCAGUCUUUAGUAUCUGGAUACCGCUGUACUCAAUGUGGAAGCAAGACAACAUCAAAUGGGGCAAGACGCGUGAUCAAAACCCAUAG